CACAACUCACCAUCUAGAUACUAUCGGGAGACUGGUACCACUUCCUGAUUCUCAACCAUGUCGACGCCGGGGAAGAAAACCACCGCUCCUUAUGGCUCGUGGAAGUCUCCGAUCACAGCCGAGAUCGUAGCCGGAGCUUCCAAGAAUCUCAGCGGUACCGCUGUCGAUUCUCGCGGCCUUCUCGUCUGGCUCGAGUCUCGCCCCGAAGAGUCAGGGAGAGUGGUUCUGGUCCGAGAAGGUGCCAAACCAGGAGAUGAACCGAUUGAUAUUACGCCGAAAGGGUUUUCCGUUAGGACUCUAACUCAGGAGUAUGGUGGUGGUGCUUUCCGGAUUUCGCCCGAUGACACGCUCGUUUUCUCCAAUUACGAGGAUCAGCGACUCUACAAGCAACACAUCAAUCCCACAGAUUCAUCUCCUAGACCAAUCACCCCAGAUUAUGGUGCACCAAUUGUCACUUAUGCUGAUGGAAUCUUUGAUGCACGCUUUAACCGAUACAUUGCUGUCAGGGAAGAUGGUCGUCAGAGCAGAUCAAAUCCAGUUACUACCAUAGUUGAGAUCAAUCUUAGUAGAGAGACUCUUGAAGAACCAAAAGCACUGGUGAGUGGCAAUGAUUUCUACGCAUUCCCACGCCCGGACCCAAAAUAUGAAAGGCUAGCGUGGAUUGAGUGGUGCCACCCUAACAUGCCGUGGGAUAAAACAGAGCUGUGGGUUGGCUACAUUUCUGAGAACGGAGAUAUUUACAAGCGUGUAUGUGUUGCUGGUCAUGAUCCCGAAUAUGUGGAAUCGCCCACCGAACCCAAGUGGUCAUCAAGAGGGGAACUCUUUUUCAUUACCGACAGAAAGUCUGGAUUUUGGAACAUUCAUAAAUGGAUCGAAGGCACCAAUGAGGUUGUUUCUGUGUAUUCCCUGGAUGCCGAGUUUACAAAACCGCUGUGGGUUUUCGGUAUAAACUCCUACGAGAUAAUCGAGGGCGAUGGAGAGAAGAAGUUAAUUGCAUGUAACUACAGACUGAAAGGGAGGUCAUACCUCGGUAUCGUGGAUGAUUCAAAGAGUUCUUGUUCUCUGCUUGAUAUUCCUUUCGAAGAUAUUGAUAACAUUACACUGGGGAAAGAAUGCCUUUAUGUUGUGGGAGCAUCAGCAGUUCAACCAUCAUCAAUUGCUAGGGUGACGUUCGAUCAACACAAUUCGGGAGUGGCCAGUUUUGAGAUCAUCCGGUCUUCAUUGCCAGAUGUUUCGAACUAUAAGCCUUUCUUCAGCGUGCCAGAGUUUAUCGAGUUUCCAACAGAGGUUCCGGGACAGAAAGCUUAUGCAUUCUUUUAUCCUCCAUCCAAUCCCUUCUACCAAGCUAGCUCGGAAGAGAAGCCUCCAUUGUUGGUAAGAAGUCAUGGAGGACCCACCGAGGAAGCACAUGGAUCUCUAGAUCUGAGCAUCCAGUACCUGACGAGUCGGGGAUGGGCAUUUCUUGAUGUCAAUUAUGGUGGAAGCGCAGGUUAUGGUCGAGAAUAUCGGGAGCGAUUGUAUGGGAAAUGGGGAAUUGUAGAUGUUGGUGACUGCUGCAGCUGUGCUAAUUACUUGGUGGCUAAAGGGAAGGCCGAUGAAAAACGACUGUGUAUAAACGGAGGCUCAGCGGGAGGGUACACGACUCUCGCUACAUUGGCAUUCAGGGAUGUGUUCAAAGCUGGAGCUUCCCUGUAUGGCAUUGCUGAUUUACAGAUGCUAAGAGACGAAACUCACAAAUUCGAAUCUCGUUACGUCGACAAUCUUGUGGGAGAUGAGAAGGAUUUCUACGAGAGAUCGCCGAUCAAUUCUGUUGAUCGAUUUUCUUGCCCCCUUAUCCUUUUUCAAGGAUUAGACGACAAGGUUGUGCCUCCGGAUCAAUCUCGUAGAAUCUAUGAAGCAGUGAAGAAAAAGGGUCUGCCCGUCGCUCUGGUCUUGUACGAAGGCGAACAGCACGGUUUUCGCAAGGCUGAGAACAUCGUGUACACACUGGAGCAAGAGAUGGUGUUCUUCGCACGGGUCAUUGGAGGGUUUCAAGUUGCUGAUGACAUCACCCCCCUGAAAAUCGACAACUUCGACCCCUAAUAUUUGCUACUCAUUUUAUAUGUAUAAUUACUAAUUAUAUAUAUGUGUACGCUACUCGUGUGGUGAUUAUAUUAUAUUUUAGUAAAACAUAUAAACAUAUUAGCUUGUUAUCGAUUUCUAAAUUAA